GGUUGUCAUACCGUAUGCGUACAUGCACAUGCACUUUAGCAGAAUACUCACGGAGCAGUCAAAAUUGAUGAGGAAAGUUAGAAAUCUACUUGAAUAAGGGUCCUAGUCAACUCAAAUCAUGUCAGAUGAUAUGAAUUCAGAAGCUGUUCAGUUCAAGGAAGAAGGGAACAAGUUCUACAAGGAUGAGAAGUAUGAUGAAGCCAUAGUUUCCUACACCAAGGCCCUCAGUGUCGGCAUUGAUUUACCAAAGACAGACCAAGCAGUCUUCUUUAAGAACAGAGCAGCAUGCCAUCUCAAGCUAGAGAACUUUGAACAAGCCGCCCAAGAUGCACAAGCAGCAUUAGACCUCACUCCUGGAGACUUCAAAGCCAUGUUCAGAAAGUGUCAAGCCUUGGAAUCUCUCGGUCAGAUAGAGGAGGCCUUCAAAUCAGCCAUGCAACUCAAUCAUAUGGAUCCAAACAACAAAUCUGUCAAAGCCAUGCUAGCAAGAAUGAAUGUCCUCAUCAAAGAAAAGGUGAAAUCAAUGACUUCAACCAACAGCAAAGUAGACCAGAUGUUCACAAUUGUCGCUGAUGAAUCGGCAAGCCUCGAUAAGAGGAGAGAGGCAGCCAAUAAUCUCAUUGUCCUUGCCAGAGAGCCAGCAGGGGCAGAGAGGAUAUUCGGUGAGAACGGUGUCGAACGAAUGAAGAAGAUCAUGAUGUCGGAGGAUACUGAAUUAGUAGUAGCAGCGCUCAGAGUAAUUUCUUGCCUUUGCCGUGGUCACAGAUCAAGGGCAACUGCAGUAAUCACACAACUCACUUUGAAAACUCUUGCCAAGUACUUUGCCAUAAAUACUGAAGUCAUCGCUAAUGCUGCCGCUGGCAUCCUCCUCACAGCCAUCCAAGCCAUGAUUAGCAAAGAUAAACAAGAGCUGAAAAAUAGUGAUGAAGCUGUAGUACCUGACUACUCUAAUGAGUUCAAAGCCUUGUUGCUCUUCUUCUUGGGUCUUCUAACUGACCAGUCUGUAUCUGGAUAUGGAAGGGAUGCAGUCAUUGACAUGAUCAUCAAGUUCAUCCCAAGGAAAGAAGGAGCAGGCCGAGCAAUGGCUUUUCUUACAAAUGGAGGCUUACACAAACUGUUGACUGUAUCUGGUCAGAUUCCUGAGUUGAAACGUCUUCCAGUUUCACCGAACACACGCAUGCAUGCUUCUGUCGCCCUCAAUAAGCUCUAUGAUGAGAUGCGUAGUGACAAACAAAGAGCAUAUUACCAAGACUUGGCUGAUAAAUUUGUUAGUGAGAAAUUCAAUGUAAAUAGCAUGGAGACAAACAUGGAGGUACUGACGGCAAUCUCGUCCCUGUUGCAAGGACCCACAGAUGUAGGACAGAAACUCUUGGGCCGUGAGGGCGUCCUACAAGUCAUGAUCGCCAUGGCAGCCAGCAAUGAUGUCAUUCACCAGAGAGUUGCCCUGGAAGCCAUCAUCAAUGCUGCGGGGAAGAAGGAACACUGUACAGGGGUUCUCCAGAAUGGGGUUACCAUCUUGAAAGACCUCUAUAAAUCCUCUAAUGACCACAUCAAAGUGAGGGCCCUGGUGGGCCUCUGCAAGCUGGGAUCCGCAGGUGGGACCGACUUCAGCCUCAAGCCUCUCGCCGGUGGAUCCAUCAUCAAACUCGCGCAGCAAGUCAGAAAAUUUUUGGUGAAUUCCCAGAAAGAUCAUGACCUGAAGAAAUGGGCAGCAGAGGGCCUGGCAUACCUGUCACUAGACGCUGAUGUCAAAGAAUCCAUCGUUGAAGACUCUGAAACAUUGCAAGCUUUGAUGGACCUCUCAAAGACAUCCGAUAAGACAGUAUUAUAUGGAGUGGUAUCGACAUUUGUGAAUCUGACAAAUUCCUAUGAUGUCCAGAAGCCUGAGCCCCAGCUGGUUGAGUUGGCUCGUUAUGCUAAACAGCACAUUCCUGAAGAACAUCCAAAGGAUGCUACCGACUAUGUAGUUCAGAGAGUGAAGAGGCUUCUGAAAGCUGGCAUUGUACCAGCACUGGUGGCACUGUCCAAGACAGAGAGCGAAAAUAGCCGAGAGCUCCUCAGCAGAGUUUAUCUAGCAUUGGUGGAGGAUGUGGACCAUCGGGGUCUUGUCGUUCAGCAGGGCGGUGCCAAGGCAUUGGUCCCAUUGGCCAUUGAAGGUACACUGGAAGGGAAAACAAGAGCUGCUCAGGCCCUUGCAAAGAUCGGUAUCACCAUGAACCCAGAAGUUGCUUUCCCAGGACAAAGGCAUCUUGAGGUAGUCCGUCCACUAGUUCAAUUGCUUGAUGUAGAUAAUACAGGUUUACAGAACUUUGAAGCACUCAUGGCUCUCACCAAUCUAGCUUCUAUGAAUGAUUCAGUCAGGACCAGAAUAAUCAAGGAAACUGGUUUCUCCCAGAUUGAGAAUUACAUGUUAGAAGAACAUGAUAUGAUCAAGAAGGCAGCUACAGAGUGCAUGUGCAACCUCGUCCUCAAUGAAGCUGCAUUCAAUCUUCAUUUAGGUGACAAUGAUCGUGUGAAGUUGCUGUUGCUGUAUACUGGUGAAGAAGAUCCAGGUUUAGUGAAAGCCGCCUCAGGAACCCUCGCUAUCCUGUCCUCUCAUAAUGAAGUCUGUGACAAAAUAUUUAAGGUAAAUGCCUGGUUAGAGCUCCUGCAAGGCAUCUGUGUGCACCCUGACAAGGACAUCCAGUUCCGUGGGGUUCACAUCGUGGCUCAAAUCAUAGAAAGCAAUGAGGAGAAUGCUAAGAAGAUAGUAGAGACCAACCUGCUGGAAGUCCUUAUGGCUCUGACCAAAGAUACUAGUCCACAGAACAAGAGGAUUGCAACAAGGGCGGAGGAAGCGCUUGAUCAGGCAAGGGAAUGGGGUCUCAUUCAACGGGCCUAGGGCCUUGUAAAGUGUAAAAUUUUUGAGAAUUAGGGGGCUCUCUUUGACCGUCUGAACUCAAUUUGAUUUCAUAUUCAUUCGUCUUCCAUUUUAGUCAUAGUGAUUAAAGGAUUAAGAAUAUCAAGAGCAACCAUUAAGUCUUGAACCCUGAAUAUUUUCACUAGAAAAUCAUUAUUUAUUGCUACAAAAAAGUCAAACAUAUUUAAUAAACUGGAAACAUUUUUCUGAUAUCAUUCCUUUUAUACAUAAAUCUGUCGGAUUGAUCUCACCUUGAGAUUAAGUGAAUGAUGAAUUUUCGCUAUCUUUAAAGGGGAAUCCAACCUUGGUCAUAAAGUGAUAUGUUUGAAAAUAGAAAAAUCAGAAAAUCAGAACGGUGAAAGUUUGUAAGAAAUCGGACAAGCAAUAACAAAGUUAUGCCUGCUUCAAAACUGAGAUCCCUAAGAUUAUGUAAAUUCAAAUUGGCAACUGGGUAAGCAAAUUAUGACAAAGGGCAAGGACAGCUUUCCCAUAGGCCAUGUACUUAAUUAUCGGGAGGAUGUGGUUUUCUCCUGAGUACCUAUUCCCCUUGGGCAGAAAUAGCCUACGUUAUUUAUUUAUUUUUUUUUCUGUAAGAUUAAAAAUAUCAUACAAUAUUACAAAUAGAAUUACAGUAUAUUCAAAUAAGAUAAAAUAAUGCCUGGUAGCACAUAUUCAGCUGGAAUUAUGAUUGUUGCUGCUGGUCUUUCAUGGGGCCAGUGCAAUGUAAGACAAUUAAUAUGGCAAAUCAUAAAAUGAAAUAUAAUCCAUCGAUAUUGAGAUAAUGAAUUAGAAAACAGAACUAAAACAAAACAAAGUAAAACAUAUAUGAAAAGAAAAAAAAGUAAGAAAAAAAAAUAUAUAUAUAUUAACAUAAACAAGAGCUACAACUUAAUAAAAACUACAGUGUGUAAAGUUCAUGAAGGUGCUUUCUCGAGUUAGAGUGGGAAGUUGACGCAGAUAAGUUGGUAAUUUAUUAUAUUCUGAGGAAGCUCUGUACACAAAUGUUCUUUUACAAUAAUUUGAAUUUGAUUUAGGUAAUGAAAGCAUGUUAAAAUUUCAGAAGGAAUAUGGAAGAGAUUUAAAACCGAAUCUGUCUUCAGUUCAGACAUGAUUACAUACUGUCUUAAUCUACCUAAAUAACUGACUAUUUUACUAAUGAUGUGACGCAUCUUUUCGAUGCAAACAUCCCAUCGUAAUUUAUCAUCUACAUUCUACAUGAAUUCCAAGAUAUUCAAAACUAUUCACUUGAGACAGCUACUGAUCUCUAAAUUUUAUAUUCAAAAGAGAAUGUUUUUUUAAGCAUGUUGCCUGUAAGUUGUGAAAAGGCAGUAAGUUGUGAAAAAGUAACCCCUCAAAAUAAAUAAAUAAUUCAUUUUGCCUGUACGACACGCAUCAAACUUAAGAACUUUUUUUUAUUAGAACCAUUUUGUUAACUACUGUCACUUAAAGGUAAAAUAUAGUAGUUGCAGCAAACAAUUAUUUCUCAAGUUGAGAAAGUCUUUUAAAUCAAGGUUAAUUGUCACAGUAUUGUCAUACAUCUAGAUCUGGUACAUUGAUGUGAACUUAUCAUUGUAAGAUCAUUAAAUCUUUGCUCAAAAUCGAAAAUGCUGAUGAUCACUCACACUGGAAAGCAUAUAUGGGACAGUGUAUUAAUAUUGUUUC